AUCUGUUCACACAAGCCAGGAACUCCUUGCGCGCAGCUACGAUCACAUAGCAAAUAUGUCUCUCCAGGUCCCACACAGAGAGAAGCAGAAUGGUGCUGGUGGCCACAACACCAAGGCCGUCAUCUUGGUUGGCGGCCCCUCCAGGGGAACCAGAUUCAGACCUCUUUCUCUUGACGUCCCAAAGCCCUUGUUCGACAUCGCCGGCCACCCCAUCAUCUGGCACUGCCUGACCGCCAUUGCCAAAGUGCCCGACAUCCAAGAAGUGUGCAUGAUCGGCUACUACGACGAGACCGUCUUCCGCGACUUCAUCAAAGACGCCAGCCACGAGUUCCCCGAGCUGACCAUCAAAUACCUGCGCGAGUACGAAGCCCUCGGCACCGCCGGCGGGCUCUACCACUUCCGCGACGCCAUCCUUAAGGGCAAGCCCGAGCGCUUCUUCGUCCUCAACGCCGACGUCUGCUGCUCCUUCCCCCUCAACGACAUGCUCAAGCUCUUCGAGGAGCGCGACGCCGAGGCCGUCAUCCUCGGGACCCGCGUGAGCGAGGACGCCGCCUCGAACUUCGGCUGCAUCGUCUCCGACCCUCACUCGAAGCGCGUACUCCACUACGUCGAGAAGCCCGAGUCCCACAUCUCCAACCUCAUCAACUGCGGCGUGUACCUCUUCUCGACCGAGACCAUCUUCCCCUCCAUCCGCAGCGCCAUCAAGCGCCGCUCCGACCGUCCACGCCUGUACACCUACCCCUCCUCUGAGAACCUCUCCUCGUCCUACUUCAACGACGACGACGAGGCCAAGAACGAGGUCCUCCGCCUCGAGCAGGACAUCCUCGCCGACCUCGCAGACAGCAGACAGUUCUUCGUGCACGAGACCAAGGAUUUCUGGCGCCAGAUCAAAACCGCCGGCUCUGCCGUCCCCGCAAACGCCCUCUACCUCCAGAAGGCCUGGCAGACCAACCCGGCCGAGCUCGCAAAGCCGUCCGCCAACAUCCUGCCACCCGUCUUCAUCCACCCAACCGCCCAGGUCGACCCAACCGCCAAGCUGGGCCCGAAUGUGUCGAUUGGUCCCCGCGCGGUCAUUGGUGCCGGUGUGCGUAUUAAGGAGAGCAUCGUCCUCGAGAACUGCGAGGUUAAGCACGAUGCGUGUGUGCUUUACUCGAUUCUCGGGUGGAACAGCCGCAUUGGUGCGUGGGCGCGUGUGGAGGGCACGCCGACUCCCGUGAAUAGCCAUACGACGAGCAUCAUCAAGAAUGGGGUUAAGGUGCAGAGUAUUACGAUUUUGGGGAAGGAGUGUGGGGUGGGGGAGGAGGUGAGGGUGCAGAAUUGUGUUUGUUUGCCGUACAAGGAGCUGAAGAGGGACGUCGCCAACGAAGUCAUCAUGUAAACACUUAUCGUGUGCCCCGUCCACCCAACGUAAACAUCUUACCAUUCACCACCGCCAUCUUUGGAAUUUCACGCAGACCCGCCCCAUUUCAAGAUCGAUUUAUUUGCGCCUCCCGCGGGUGUUUGCGAGGAGGAGGAAGUUAGAUAGAGUAAUGAACAUAUCAUCAUCACCUUC